CAGGAUCGCAUUUUGCCGGCGAGAUGCUCUCCUAGCACCGGCGCGGCGCCUGCGCCCCCCGCCCCCCCAGCCGCGCGGGCAGGAUGGUACAGUCUGCAGAGGGACCCGGGCACGCCGGCUGGGCUCAGCCGCGGCACCAGCUGCCGCACCGCGACCACGGGGCUGCCCGCCUGGAACCCGUGCAGGAUUGGUGGUGAUUUUCAUAGCCAAGAACCACUGCCCCUGACCAUGUAGAUGCCAGCUCCAGGGAGCAGCAUGGACCCCACUGAAUGGAGACUCCUGGGUCUACAGCCCUAAGCCCCUCUAGCCCCUGGACCUCACCCCACACCUGGGGACACCCCCUGGAGCUCACCACUGCUGUCGCCAGCCCACCUCGGCCACCCCUCCCCCCAGGACCCAGAGUUGGCCGCCCAGAGCUGCAGCCAUCCAGCAAGGGUGUGCUGAGGACAGCCACAGCAGCCGUCACCUCUUGUCCAGCGCUGACCCUCGGGCCCACCCCGAGCAGGGACUGCAGGAGACAUGGGUGAUAUGACCAACAGCGACUUUUACUCCAAAAACCAAAGAAAUGAGUCGAGCCAUGGGGGCGAAUUCGGGUGCACGAUGGAGGAGCUCCGCUCCCUCAUGGAACUGCGGGGCACCGAGGCUGUGGUCAAGAUCAAGGAGACUUACGGGGACACCGAAGCCAUCUGCCGGCGCCUCAAAACCUCACCUGUCGAAGGUUUGCCAGGCACGGCUCCAGACCUGGAAAAGAGAAAGCAGAUUUUUGGGCAAAACUUUAUACCUCCAAAGAAGCCAAAAACCUUUAUGCAGCUUGUGUGGGAGGCACUGCAGGACGUGACGCUCAUCAUCCUGGAGAUCGCCGCCAUCAUCUCCCUGGGGCUGUCCUUCUACCACCCGCCCGGCGAGAGUAACGAAGGAUGCGCGACGGCCCAGGGUGGAGCAGAAGAUGAAGGAGAGGCAGAGGCAGGUUGGAUCGAGGGGGCUGCCAUUCUCCUCUCGGUCAUCUGCGUGGUCCUGGUCACGGCCUUCAAUGACUGGAGCAAAGAGAAACAGUUCCGGGGCCUGCAGAGCCGCAUCGAGCAGGAGCAGAAGUUCACUGUGGUCCGGGCUGGCCAGGUCGUCCAGAUCCCUGUGGCUGAGAUUGUGGUCGGGGACAUUGCCCAAGUCAAAUAUGGCGACCUCCUCCCUGCCGACGGCCUCUUCAUCCAGGGCAAUGACCUUAAGAUCGAUGAAAGCUCCCUGACUGGGGAAUCUGACCAGGUGCGCAAGUCCGUGGACAAGGACCCCAUGCUGCUGUCAGGGACCCACGUGAUGGAGGGCUCAGGACGGAUGGUGGUGACUGCCGUGGGUGUGAACUCUCAGACUGGCAUCAUCUUUACCCUGCUUGGGGCCGGUGGUGAAGAAGAAGAAAAGAAAGACAAAAAAGCCAAACAGCAGGACAGGGCGGCUGCCAUGGAGAUGCAGCCCCUCAAGAGUGCCGAGGGCGGAGACGCGGACGACAAGAAGAAGGCCAACAUGCACAAGAAGGAGAAGUCCGUGCUGCAGGGCAAGCUCACCAAGCUGGCUGUGCAGAUCGGCAAGGCAGGCUUGGUGAUGUCAGCCAUCACGGUCAUCAUCCUGGUGCUCUACUUCACCGUGGACACCUUCGUGGUCAACAAGAAGCCGUGGCUGCCUGAAUGCACGCCCGUCUAUGUGCAGUACUUUGUCAAGUUCUUCAUCAUUGGCGUGACGGUGCUGGUGGUGGCCGUGCCCGAGGGGCUCCCUCUGGCCGUCACCAUCUCACUGGCCUACUCGGUGAAGAAAAUGAUGAAGGACAACAACCUGGUACGCCACCUGGACGCCUGUGAGACCAUGGGCAAUGCCACAGCCAUCUGCUCAGACAAGACGGGCACACUGACCACCAAUCGCAUGACGGUGGUGCAGGCCUACAUCGGCGACGUCCACUACAAGGAGAUCCCCGAGCCCAGCUCAAUCAAUGCCAAGACCAUGGAGCUGCUGGUCAAUGCCAUCGCCAUCAACAGCGCCUACACCACCAAGAUUCUGCCCCCGGAGAAGGAGGGUGCCCUGCCCCGGCAGGUGGGCAACAAGACGGAGUGCGGCCUGCUGGGCUUUGUGCUGGACCUGAGGCAGGACUAUGAGCCCGUGCGCACCCAGGUGCCAGAGGAGAAGCUGUACAAAGUGUACACCUUCAACUCGGUGCGCAAGUCCAUGAGCACUGUCAUCAAGCUGCCGGACGAGAACUUCCGCAUGUACAGCAAGGGAGCAUCUGAGAUAGUGCUCAAGAAGUGCUGCAAAAUCCUCACCGGGGCGGGCGAGCCCCGAGUCUUCCGGCCGCGAGACCGGGACGAGAUGGUGAAGAAGGUGAUAGAGCCCAUGGCCUGCGACGGGCUGCGCACCAUCUGCGUGGCCUACCGCGACUUCCCCAGCAGCCCCGAGCCCGACUGGGACAACGAGAAUGAUAUCCUCAAUGAGCUCACCUGCAUCUGCGUGGUGGGCAUCGAGGACCCCGUGCGGCCCGAGGUCCCAGAAGCCAUCCGCAAGUGCCAGCGGGCAGGCAUCACAGUCCGCAUGGUCACUGGUGACAAUAUCAACACGGCCCGGGCCAUCGCCAUUAAGUGUGGCAUCAUCCAUCCUGGGGAGGACUUUCUGUGCCUGGAGGGCAAGGAGUUCAACCGGAGGAUCCGCAAUGAGAAGGGGGAGAUUGAGCAGGAGCGGAUCGACAAGAUCUGGCCAAAGCUGCGGGUGCUGGCUCGCUCCUCCCCCACAGACAAGCAUACUCUGGUCAAAGGCAUCAUCGACAGCACACACACGGAGCAGCGGCAGGUGGUGGCCGUGACAGGGGAUGGGACCAACGAUGGGCCUGCACUCAAGAAGGCUGAUGUGGGCUUUGCCAUGGGCAUUGCAGGCACUGACGUGGCCAAGGAGGCCUCAGAUAUCAUCCUGACGGAUGACAACUUCAGCAGCAUCGUCAAGGCCGUGAUGUGGGGCCGAAACGUCUAUGACAGCAUCUCUAAGUUCUUGCAGUUCCAGCUGACGGUCAACGUAGUAGCCGUGAUUGUGGCUUUCACAGGAGCCUGCAUCACACAGGACUCCCCUCUGAAGGCCGUGCAGAUGCUAUGGGUGAACCUCAUCAUGGACACGUUUGCCUCCCUGGCAUUGGCCACCGAGCCGCCCACAGAGACCCUGCUUCUGAGGAAGCCCUACGGCCGCAACAAGCCCCUCAUCUCGAGGACCAUGAUGAAGAACAUCCUGGGCCACGCUGUCUACCAGCUCACGCUCAUCUUCACCCUGCUCUUUGUUGGCGAGAAGAUGUUCCAGAUUGACAGCGGGAGGAACGCACCCCUGCACUCCCCACCCUCCGAGCACUACACCAUCAUCUUCAACACCUUCGUCAUGAUGCAGCUCUUCAACGAAAUCAACGCCCGCAAGAUCCACGGCGAGCGCAAUGUCUUUGACGGCAUCUUCCGGAAUCCUAUCUUCUGCACCAUUGUGCUGGGCACCUUUGCCAUCCAGAUAGUCAUCGUGCAGUUCGGAGGGAAGCCGUUCAGCUGCUCUCCACUGCAGCUGGACCAGUGGAUGUGGUGCAUAUUCAUUGGGUUAGGAGAGCUCGUUUGGGGCCAGGUCAUUGCCACCAUCCCGACCAGCAGGCUCAAAUUCCUCAAGGAGGCCGGCAGGCUCACGCAGAAGGAGGAAAUUCCGGAGGAGGAGCUCAACGAGGACGUGGAGGAAAUAGACCACGCAGAGAGAGAGCUGCGGCGGGGCCAGAUCCUGUGGUUCCGAGGCCUGAAUCGGAUCCAAACUCAGAUCCGCGUCGUGAAGGCGUUCCGUAGCUCUCUCUAUGAAGGUUUAGAAAAGCCCGAGUCUCGAACCUCCAUCCAUAAUUUCAUGGCUCAUCCCGAAUUCCGGAUCGAAGAUUCACAGCCCCACAUCCCCCUCAUUGAUGACACCGACCUGGAAGAAGACGCUGCGCUCAAGCAGAACUCCAGCCCGCCGUCGUCCCUCAACAAGAACAACAGCGCCAUCGACAGCGGGAUCAACCUGACGACUGACACAAGUAAAUCAGCUACCUCUUCAAGUCCAGGGAGCCCCAUCCACAGCCUGGAGACAUCGCUUUAGCUGAGGACCCUGUCGCCGCCCACCUGACCCACCGCCGCCCGCCUCCGGGGCACCCACCCAUCCAGGCACCCAGCUCAUCCAAGCAGCAACGAGCAACGACAGGAAACCAAAUACUGGAGAGAAAACCAAUGUUUCCACCAACAGACCCCCUUCUCUGGCUGCGAUGCUGUUUGAACUCUUUUUCACUUUGAGGCAAGGGGCGGGAUCUCUACCCGGGGCUUAGGGAACUGAGCGGUUUUCCCAAAAGAAGCCCCUCCAGGCUCCUGCCCAAACGUGGACCAGCCAUUCACCCGCCCAGCCGCCACCGCGUCCCCAGCAUGAAUGUACUGUACACUUUCAAUCCUCCCCUUGUUUGGUUUGGGGGGGUUGGGGAGGGGUUUUGUUUUGUUUUGUUUGUUUGUUUCUUCGGCGGGAACUGCAAACAGACUCUUUUCUGAGACUAUUUAUCCAACCCACUGGUCUGUGAGUUUUUGAAAUGCUUGCGCAGCAUGGUCUCAGUUGUAUAGAUUAAUUUAACAACUUUUUGAAAUUGCAGAGCUUAACUCGCCUAGUAGAUUUGCACCAAUGGAACCGAAAAACUUCAUAGACACUCACGAGGUUAUAUCCAUUUCUUUGUAUCUAUAUCAACGUAUACUUCUCCAAGUCCGUAUACGUCCAUAUAGAUAGGUAGAGAUAUAUAUAUAUAUAUAUAUAAAUAUAUAUACAUGGAUAUAUAAAGUUUCUUUGCCGGCAUGUUGCCUUGUUUCCGCUUAAAUUGCUCUAUUUUAACUUAUUUAUGUCCCAAAAGAAGAAUGUAAUUUGUUUACAAACCUGUAGAUAAUGUCUUUGGCUAUUUGUACGGUUUAAGAACUCUGGUGGCUGAGAUGCUAUACAAAAUACAGCUCAGCCCAACAGACACUCCCCUGGAUUGCACCCUUGAUGUUUUACAAUAGCCAUGCUCUGACUUUUGCCUGCUGUUUCCGUUCAAUAAUGUCACUACCAUGGGAGGCUCAGGCAGAAGCCAAAUGCAACCAAGCAUCCAUCCCGAGGGGUCUAACAACAUGCUCCGUAGACGAAAGGAGAGGAGGAGAGAAGGCUUCCUGGAUUUGCAACAGUAAUGGCCUUCCUGGCCCGAGGGUGCCAGAUCUGCAAAACUCUGGUGGAAGACUUUUCUCUCGAUGAAACUUACUUGAGUUUACUAAGAGCAUUUCAGGUUCUCUUUGGCUCUGUCUGUAGGGAGGUUGAGGUAGUGUUGAAAUAUUAUAAAUGCUGUUGUGUUGAUUUUAUUUUUUUGUUAGUAAUUUAGAAAUUUAUUUCCUUAUCAAUGGCAGCAUAUAAGCUGUUGGCAUAUUGGAUGAGGAUCGGUAUGGCUUGCUGCUUUUAUUUUUAUUUUUGAAGACUAGCCUUUUUCUCUGCACUAUUUAGAUCCGAAUGAACCUUAUGAUGUGUAUAUUGAGAUGUAUUCCGUGUGAUUUUUAAACCAAAUUGUCUUCCUGUAGUCACAAUAUAUACUGUAGCCUUUUAACAGCAAGUCUUGCUUUCCCAGACAGAAAGCCAUUCUGAAACCCUACAGUAUCACAGGUGAGAAGAGGUGGUUAUUUGCCCCCCAAAAAAACAAUAACAGCACUAGCAAUCCCACUGACUAAGAGCUUAUUUAAUUGUAUGUCAGCCUCUUAACUGCUAAGCACUUUGUGGGUCUCAGCAUUUUUCAUAAAAGGACUUUUGUAUUUAAUACAAAGUUUGCUUUGAGACUUUUCAGCAUACGAUCUUUUUCCAUAAACUUGUACAGUGCAAAAGACAUUUUGAAUACCAUGAUCAACGAUGUCCCAUGCUUCAAGGAAAACCAAACACUUUCCGCCUCACUUGUGAAAUCCAUUCCUCGUGGUGACCCUUCCCACAUGGUUGCUGUGUGUCCCUUCCCUUCUCCAGGCCCAGAGAACUCUUCUACAAAAAAAAGAUGAGAGCCACUUGGGAAAAGAGCCAUAGUCAGCUCGGAGGGCCUACGUCUGGACGGCUGUGGAAAAACUUGGGGGGUUGGGGUUAAAGUCAGCCCAUCCAACCUGGCAACAUCUGUCAGAGGACCUCCUUUUCAAGAGAGCCUCACCUGAAUGUUGUGAAGAAGUGUCUCUGAAUGUGCCCAGCAAAGGAAACUGCACACCCCAAGGGGUGACCAGCCCUCAGAUGUGCUUCUUGGAUUCGGGUACAAACACCACCAAAGCCGGCCCACUGCUCUCCUCCGAGGAAGGAAAGACCUGCACAUCUCUGACACGGGGUAGCCUUGGACCAUGUUUUUUUUUGGAGUUUCCUUUCUCACAGUUCUCCGUCUUGCCCUUGUUUGUUCACUCGUGUCCGUGACCUCAUUCCAUGACCUCGGGAUACUUCUGCUUGCUCACCAUGCUCAUUGUCCAUCUGGAGCCAGGACGCAAGGAAAACAGGAGGGUUCUCUGAGCAGUCUCGCUGGGGAACAGGGAGCAGUGGAAGGAUGCCGACGUUAGCUUGGUCUUCUCUCGUGAGAAUGACGGAUACUCACACACACGCACCCCCGCACUCUCACACUCGCACACACAGGAAAUGGUUGGUUUGUCAGAACUCACUGUAGUACAUAAAGCUUGCACUCUGCGUCCUAUUAUCUAGCAGCAUGGGGUACGUUGGGCAGUUCACCCCAUUAGGGGGUGAAUAAUUUAUGACCAUCUGUUUUUAUGAAUUUUUUUAUCUAGACAAUAAUUGUAAAUAAAGAAUUCACCGUCUCUGUUCAUUUAAUACUA